AUGCUUUCGCGUGCAGCCUCUUCGACUUUCGCUCGGGUCGUCAGCGUUAGGACCCUUGGAGCUGCUUCUAAGCAUACUCUCCCAGACUUGCCUUACGAUUUCAAUGCAUUGGAGCCAACAAUUAGCAGUGACAUUAUGCGGGUGCAUUACGAAAAGCACCAUGCAACCUACGUAAACAACUUGAAUGUUGCCGAGGAGCAGCUGGCCGAAGCAUUGCACAAAAAUGACGUGACCAAAGUAAUCUCUCUUCAGGUUAGCCCAUUUGUAUUCGAUGUUGCUUAUCCAAACUCGCCUAUCUAUCUAUUAUCGAUUUCUCUCCCUCGAUGUUCUACUGCUCUCUAGCAAGCUGUUUCCUGUGUCACUACGAGUUAGCGCAUGCAGUUAAUUGCUUUAGGCGAGUUUUGAUUUUCUUCAGAACUGAGUCGUGGGUAAUUGCAAAUUUUUUUCAGCAGAUUGCAGAAAAACCGCCUGGUGAUCGUCAUCUACUCUGCGCUUAAAUGGCCAGAUCCACCGCCACGGAUGGAAUUUUUUGUCUGCCCCGAUGAGCGGCACAUGGCCAAUGUACGAAUAAGUGCCUAUCAGGCACUUCCCCACACGUAACACUUAAGCUAUCCGGGAAGUAACGGUGUUAUGUUCUUCAAGGGCAGACACUCAUUGUCGCGUCCGCGUACACUAAAGAUGUAUCAUGGGGAUUUACCAUCACUCCCUCCGGGAGUUCUAGCGCCCACCUAGUCUGUUUACCUGACUUUGGCAAGGAGAAAUAUCUGGUCUUAGUUGAACCUAUCUCCGCUGAUAUUGCAUCAUUUGUAAAGACAGACUGCUCACCUUUUGCCCUAUUAAGAAGCUUGGGAAGAAUUAGCACUUUCAUAGUCAUUCUAUUACUUCAAGGCCCUGGAGAUGUUAACGUCUUUUUUUCCAGAUUGUAACUGGCCCAUCUACAUCUCGCCUAAGUCCCUUUAAAUUUACUUUCUUUUAGCCUGCCCUCAGAUUUAAUGGUGGUGGACACCUCAAUCACAGCAUAUUUUGGAAGAACUUGUGCCCCAAAGGAGGCGGAGAACCAUCAGGGCCAUUGGCAGAAGCCAUUAAAAGGGACUUCGGGUCUUUUGAAAACUUCAAGGCCAGGAUGACUGCCAAGACCGUAGCCAUACAGGGCUCUGGGUGGGGAUGGUUGGGUCUCUGUCCGGUGUCAAAACGACUUCAAAUCGUCACCUGCGCGAAUCAGGACCCAUUAGAAGGAACAACAGGUACCCGUUGUUUCUUCCCUACCUUGAUCAGACUUUUUGAGUUCACGAUAAAAUGUCAUUUUCCCCGUUACUCACUUUUUAUGUAGCUAGCAACCAAGUUUGUCGUACCAUCUCGUGUAAGACUAGCUGGCUUAUUUUUAUUUGCUAUUUUAACUAGGACUGAAACCUUUGCUUGGCAUCGACGUAUGGGAGCAUGCCUAUUACCUUCAGUACAAGAAUGCCCGUCCCGACUACGUGAAUGCCAUCUGGUCAAUCAUCAAUUGGAAAGAUGUGGAGACACGCUUUGUUGCCUCUCAAAAGCACUAG